AUGAUCAUCAACCCAGUACUCGAGAGUGCAGAGUUUAUCCACAAUAUCUUUGAGGCGAUGAAAAAGACCCAUUACGACACAAGCAAGUGGAAAGAGCAUCCUCUGAAUCCCAAGGAGUGCAAUGCCAGCACUGUAGAUUGGAUCUUCCUAGUCGAUCUGCUUAAUUUUUCCUUCUGGUCCGAGAUCGACAUAGAUGACACGGGUGUACCUCACCCAGAUCGCUACCGCGUAACAUUCCAUGGCGUUGGGUACACCGGCUACUGGUCCAUGGUCGCUGCCAUCAACAGAGCGCUUGAGGAAGGGAUCCCUAUUACUACACCCGAAUUCUUUGCAUCAGAGGAGCGGUUACCCGACAGCGACAUCGAGAGAAUCUUUCGAUCCGACACACAAGAGCAGAUCCCAUUGCUGCAGGAUAGAAUUCGCGUCAUGCGCGAAGCCGGAAAAGUCCUUGUUGAGAAAUUCGAUGGCAGCUUUACAAACUGUAUUGCACAGGCAGACAAAUCAGCCUUGAAGCUGGUCGAGAUUGUUACCUCCAACCUUUCAUCCUUCCGCGACGAGGCAGAGUUCUACGGACGAAAAGUUCAAUUCUUCAAGCGCGCUCAAAUAUUGGUCGCUGAUCUCUGGGCAUGCUUCCAGAACCAGGACUAUGGAGAGUUCAAGGAUAUUGACGAGAUCACCAUGUUUGCGGAUUAUCGUGUCCCACAGACGCUGUACCACUUCCGUUGUCUUCAAUACUCAUCUGAGCUGCUCGAGAUCCUGAACCGCGGCGAGAUGCUCCCCAGCGGAUCGCAGCUCGAAGUAGAGAUUCGAGGCAAUUCUAUUUGGGCAGUCGAGCUGAUUCGGCGCAGGAUUCUAGACUUGAUCGGUGAGGAACUCGUGGAGCGACAGGCCCAUGCUACCAAGACUGACUUGGAGGCGGAACCGCCAAAGAUGAUGACAGUGAACGCCAUUUUGAUCGAUUUCUUUAUCUGGGACUUUGCUAAAGCUGCACAGCUGGAGCUGACAUUGGGGGAGAGACCGGUCAAAAAAAUGGUCACUCCUCUUAAGAAGCACACCAUCGUGAAGAAGCACACCGCUACCUUCAAGCGUCACCAGUCUGACCGCUACAAGACCGUUAAGGAGUCAUGGAGAAAGCCCAAGGGUAUUGAUAACCGCGUCCGUCGCCGUUUCAAGGGCCAGAUCGUCAUGCCCAAGAUCGGUUACGGCAACAACAAGCUCACCCGUCACUUGAUGCCCUCGGGCUUCAAGAAGUUUGUUGUCUCGAACAUUGCCGAGUUGAACCUCUUGUUGAUGCACAACCGCACCUUCGCCGCCGAGAUCGCCCACAACGUCUCGUCCCGCAACCGCAUCGCCAUUGUCGAGCGUGCCCAGCAGCUCAACAUCAAGGUCACCAACGCCAACGCUCGCGUCAGAACCGAGGCUUAA